AGCGGCGCUCGGGUCUGUGCAGUCUGUGUCAGUCUAAAGCGACUUCCACUCCGACGCAGUUUCUUAGUCGCUCUCGAGCUGUCGUCGCGCGAAUACACGGAACAGUAAACGGUACAAUUUUCCAUAGGAGAGGCGACCGUGAGAUAAGAUCCAGUACCGAGAGAAAGCGAACAGGAAUCAAAUUCAAAAUUGUUAUUCUGUAAAUCUCCACAAUAAGCCCACUGUAUUUUUCGGGCUAGGAUUUCAGGAAAGACUUUCAGCAAAAAGAAAUCGAAAUGCAUCGUGCAAGGACGGCUCUUCAGAUCAUCAAUCACCCGAUUGGGCAGCAGAAUUUCGGCUCAUGGCUAAUCCGGAACCCGUCAUCGAAGCUUACCAACGAACUGGUAGCUGCUUCCUCUGUAAAACUUUACAACUCUGCAGCAGCGGAACCUUUCCUCAAUGGAUCGUCGUCCAAUUAUAUCGAUGAUAUGUACAACGCCUGGCUGAGGGAUCCUGCUUCCGUUCACGCCUCCUGGGAUGCCUAUUUUCGUAACAAUUCGUACGAUGCCCCUCCGUCUUUGGCUCCCGCCCCAAGAAACCACAUUCCUGUAUCUCAGUACCUUGGUGGAUCUCUGCCUGCUGUUUCCGGCGCCAGUGCCGCUGUCGGCGGUCGCAUCGACGACAAGCUGAUCGAUGAUCAUUUGGCUGUGCAAGCCAUUAUUAGAAGUUACCAGUCUCGUGGCCAUCUGGUAGCGGAUAUCGAUCCGCUGGGAAUUAUCAAUGCCGAAAUCCAGAGAGAUACGGACAAUAAUCUGCGGGCGAACGAAAAAGUCACUCGAACUUAUAUGAAUUUCGAGGAAUCGGACAUGGAUCGCGUGUUCAAACUUCCGAGCACCACCUUCAUCGGCGGCAAGGAUAAGUUUCUUCCCCUGCGGGAUAUCCUCAGCCGAUUGGAGAAAGCUUACUGCAACAAAAUCGGAGUCGAGUUCAUGUUCAUCAACUCACUGGAACAGUGCAACUGGAUUCGCGAACGGUUCGAAACACCCAACAUCAUGAACUACUCGAACGAAGAGAAACGACUGAUUCUGGCGCGUGUGACCCGGGCCACCGGAUUCGAGGCGUUCCUCGCGAAGAAAUUCUCCUCGGAGAAACGUUUCGGUCUGGAGGGCUGCGAGAUUAUGAUUCCCGCGAUGAAGGAGGUGAUUGACGUUUCAACCAGACUCGGGGUGGAAUCGAUCAUCAUGGGGAUGCCGCAUCGUGGACGGCUGAACGUGUUGGCUAAUGUGUGCCGCAAGCCGUUGAAUCAGAUUUUCACCCAAUUCGCAGGACUGGAAGCCGCUGAUGAUGGUUCCGGUGAUGUGAAGUAUCAUUUAGGUACGUACAUCGAGCGUUUGAAUCGUGUUACAAACAAGAAUAUCAGACUGGCCGUUGUCGCUAAUCCAUCACAUUUGGAGGCUGUUGAUCCUGUUGUACAGGGCAAAACCCGGGCGGAACAAUUCUAUCGUGGUGACGGUGAGGGUAAGAAGGUUAUGUCCAUUCUGUUGCAUGGUGAUGCUGCUUUCUGUGGGCAAGGAGUCGUAUACGAGACAAUGCAUUUGUCCGAUUUGCCGGAUUACACCACCCAUGGUACGAUCCAUAUAGUAGUGAACAACCAGAUUGGCUUCACUACCGAUCCUCGACAUUCGCGUUCUUCGCCAUACUGUACUGAUGUUGCGCGCGUCGUGAACGCUCCUAUCUUCCACGUCAACUCGGAUGAUCCAGAGGCCGUUAUGCAUGUGUGUAAAGUAGCUGCUGAGUGGCGUGCUACCUUCCACAAAGACGUCGUUAUCGACAUCGUUAGUUAUCGCCGCAAUGGACACAAUGAAAUUGAUGAGCCCAUGUUUACACAACCACUUAUGUACAAGAAAGUUCGCGGUACUAAGCCUGUUUUGGAUAUCUACGCAAAUCAACUCAUUUCUGAAGGCGUGGUUACCGCUGAGGAAGUUAAGAGCGUCAGGGAUAAAUAUGACAAGAUUUGCGAGGAAGCUUUCGAACAGGCUAAAAAUGAGACCCACAUUAAGUACAAGGAUUGGAUUGAUUCACCAUGGUCUGGAUUCUUCGAGGGCAAAGAUCCGCUGAAAGUUGCUCCUACCGGUGUUAUCGAGGAAACCCUGGUUCACAUUGGUAAUCGGUUCUCUUCACCGCCCCCCAAUGCCGCUGAAUUCGCCAUACACAAAGGUCUGAUGCGUGUCCUGGCUGCCCGAAAGGAAAUGGUUGAUAACAAGACGGUUGAUUGGGCAUUGGCUGAAGCCAUGGCUUUCGGAUCCCUUUUGAAGGAAGGUAUUCAUGUUCGACUGUCAGGUCAAGACGUUGAGCGUGGUACCUUCUCUCAUCGUCAUCAUGUACUGCAUCAUCAGACCGUCGACAAGGCCACAUACCGGCCGCUAUGUCAUUUGUACCCCGACCAGGCACCAUACACAGUGUGCAAUAGUUCACUGUCUGAGUUCGGUGUUCUUGGAUUCGAGCUUGGCUACUCAAUGACUAAUCCGAAUGCCCUCGUCAUCUGGGAGGCCCAAUUUGGUGACUUCAACAACACUGCUCAGUGCAUCAUUGAUCAGUUUAUCUCGUCUGGCCAAGCCAAAUGGGUUCGCCAAAGUGCCCUUGUCAUGUUGUUGCCUCACGGUAUGGAAGGCAUGGGACCAGAGCACUCAUCCGCACGUGUAGAACGUUUCCUGCAAAUGUGCUCAGACGAUCCGGACUAUUUCCCCCCGGAAUCGGAAGAAUUCGCAAUUCGCCAACUGCACGACAUCAACUGGAUUGUUGCCAACUGUUCGACACCAGCAAACUAUUUCCACAUCAUGCGUCGGCAGAUUGCUUUGCCGUUCCGCAAACCAUUGGUCCUGUUAACGCCCAAAUCGCUACUGCGUCAUCCAGAAGCCAAGAGCCCCUUCAGUGAGAUGACGGAUGGAACCGAGUUCCAGAGAAUUAUUCCGGACGCUUCCGCUGCCUCGGAAAAUCCAUCCAAGGUAAAGAAAUUAAUAUUCUGCUCUGGACGCGUGUACUACGACAUUCUUAAGGCUCGUCGUGAACGUAAACUUGACUCGGAGAUUGCCAUCAGUCGAUUGGAACAGAUUUCUCCAUUCCCCUACGAUCUGAUUAAGGCUGAAUGUGCCAAAUAUCCGAACGCCGAGCUAGUCUGGGCUCAGGAAGAGCACAAGAACCAGGGCUACUGGACAUAUAUUGAACCUCGCUUCGACACCGCGGUUAACUCAACCCGCGAGCUAAGUGUGCAAGAAAAGCUUGUGCAGCAGAAAUCCAGCCAGGGAUUCGAAAUCCAGCAGGGUAGCUUCAAUGCGCCAUCCGAAGGUAUCCCGAAAGGCCACAAAGUGAAGAUUUCAGCGAGACCGCUUAGCUACGUUGGCCGCCAUUGUGCAGCAUCGACCGCCACCGGUUCCAAGGCACAACACACGAAGGAGCUGAAGAACCUGCUGGACAACGCGAUGGCCCUCUAAACGGGCGACAUUUCCCUAUCCAACCAACCAACACAUACACAACACAAAUUUAAGUUUUAAUGCUACAAACUAUACGUCGUAACAAGAGAAUAAUAUCACUCAAUUGAAAAGAUACACAGUGCUACUGAAACUCUGCUUAGAUCUAGGUAUUUAUUCAUUAUGCAGUGAAAAGGUAAAAGCAAACGGUAUAUUUGAACCCAAGUAGAAGAAAAAUAGUAUUUAUUUAUAGACCUAUUUGACAAAGAAUUUAUCACGAUAAGGUGAAAUUGCUUUUUCAUUUGCAUAAGCAAAGCUGAUGCAAAAUGUAUGUUUCAAAUGUUUAUUGUUAGAAAAGUAGCAUAAUUGAAACAGUAGUUAUGUCGAACAAUUGAAGGAAUAAAUUGGGACACAUGCGAAAAUAUGGUGCCGAUGGUUUGAGGCUUCAUCUCUGUGUAUCACCCUAUGGCUUUAUUCGAGGUGCACAGUGUGGAGCUGACUGAGGGUGGUAGAAACUUUCCAAAUCUGAAGGUGCAAAAAUGAUAUUAAACAAAACCGAUCAGAGACAUAUGAUGGCUCGAUAGAGAAAGAAUACAGUCAGUCAUUUUAAUUUUUUUUUAAAUCAACCUUCAACAUUUUUGAAUGUAUCUAAAAUGCAAGUACUUUAUUCCACAGUCCUAACCACAAUCAUUAAUCAUGGGUAAGCACUUUUCGAACGCGUUGUGUCGGUUCGAAACAAGCGAAGUGUACCGUUAAGUUCCCUUACACAUCAUUUUUUUCUUAUUUUUCAAAAAUAUCUUUUCUAAUUUUUGUCAUGAAACUGAUUCGUAGUUUUGAGUAUUACAAUCUGUCGAUAGAGCGGAUUUAUUUUUGUCAGGAAUUUAAAAUUUUGGAAUUGCUAUAAAAAAAUAAACGGAUGAAACAAGAAAUGCGUUUUAGUGACAUAUCACUUUUUUCCAUUAUUUAUUUUUGCGUUCAUUUGAUUCAAUUUUUUGCGACAAACUUCGUCAGACAAAAAUUAUGAGGAAAUAAGUGAAGUUUAACACUGAAAACCAAAAGUCUUAUAUAUGAUAGAUUUAUCCAGAAAUGUACACUCUGUACAACAGUGAAUUUUAUUGAUUGGGUAGAUACAUUCAACUAGAGAGCUGACAUUUUAUGAAGCAAACUUAGAUGAAAUAAGCAUACCGUAAUAAUAUACACAUUCUCGCAGCUCCAAAAAAUAAACUGUACUAUAAACUACUAAUAACAAACAUAAUUACUUCUGCGACCACUGUGUAUAAAAUAUGUAUAUUUUUGAGAUAAGCACAUACAUCGUUGAAACAUUUGCACAUGAUAAACUUGUUAUAAAAACUUGAUCGCACCAAAACAAAAGUGAUAUUAUAUCAGUUAGAUGCUCUGAA